AAUAGACCAGGCAUUUGGAAAGACCUGAAGACCAUGGGCUCAGUGUCUCUCUUUAUAUUCUUCGUCACACUGCUUGUUCUGGGUAGACAGAAUGAAUAUUACUGUAGGUUAGACUUCUUAUGGAAGAACAAGUUCAAAAAAGAGCGGGAGGAGAUAGAAACCAUGGAGAACCUGAACCGCGUGCUGCUGGAGAACGUGCUGCCCGCGCAUGUAGCGGAGCAUUUCCUCGCCCGGAGCCUGAAAAAUGAGGAGUUAUACCACCAGUCCUAUGACUGUGUCUGCGUCAUGUUUGCCUCUAUUCCGGAUUUCAAAGAAUUCUACACAGAAUCAGAUGUGAACAAGGAGGGCUUGGAAUGCCUUCGGCUCCUGAAUGAGAUCAUCGCCGACUUUGAUGAUUUGCUGUCCAAGCCGAAAUUCAGUGGAGUUGAAAAGAUCAAGACCAUUGGCAGCACAUACAUGGCAGCGACGGGUCUGAGCGCUGUGCCCAGCCAGGAGCAUGCCCAGGUACACACGUAUCGACCACACAACAGCACACGGAGCCUCAGCUCCAACCAUAGAUGCUCCCUGGGGCCCAGACGGCCAUGCACUGACUCAUAAGCUGUACUGUGUGUA